AUGAGUGAAGAAGAAUUUGAUAGUGAAGUUGAAGUUAAAGAGGAACCUCGUGUUGUUGGUAAGCUCGAAAAUGGAGUUUGUGAUGUUUCCAACCAAAAUCUUUCGUCUUUGUUCUGUUUAGGCGUUCAAUACAAAUUGCAACAAUUAAAUGCAAGUAAUAACCAGUUAACUUCACUGAAAUCUCUCAAACAACAACCAAUGAUGACAUUUUUGGACAUAUCCGGAAAUCCAAUCGAAAAUAUUGACGGUUUUAAUAGAUUAACUAAAUUAGAAGAGUUAUUGAUGCUUGAUACACCAAUUUCUACUCUUGAAAACUGGAGAUUAGCUAUUAUUAAUACAGUUCCAUCGCUUAAGAAACUUAAUAACGAGGAAAUUACAGAUGAAGAGCGCGAAAAUGCUAAAAACUUUACAGAUUUCGAUUCAUUUACUUCUGAUUCAGCCAAAUAUGAUAAUGCUGUUAAUAAUCAGCUGAAAAAUAAUCAAAUCAAAAAAUAUCAUCAAUUCCAUCAAGGAGAGUUCAAAGAUUUCGCUCGAAAUGAAGCAUUACUUUGGGAUCUACAAAAUAGUGGCCCUUGUCCUAAAAUUACAGACACAUCAAGCGAUGAAGAUCUAAAACGUGCUAUUAUAUCAUUGAGACAUCGCAAUCGCAAGCUUGCAGAUACAUUUUUGAAAUGUUAA